UUGUAUAUUUUGCACUUAAACAAUGUCACAAGCAUGCAGCUCUGAUGAUGAAAGCGACUUCAAAGCCGUUAGCAAAGCGAAUCGGAGGAAAAUCACGAAAAAAGUAGCGAAGAUAAGCUAUGCUGACGGUGUAGCCGACGGACAGAAAAGGGUUUUCCAGCCUAGUUUUGACUUAGGAUAUAGGGAUGGGAUUAAAACUGGCAUAGGAUUAACCAAACAUCGUGCCUUUUUUGAUACAUUAGCAACGUCGCAAAUAAAAGAUGACGUAUUGAUUAAGGAGCGUGUAGUUUAUGAGGAACUACAAAUUGAUAAAGCCACUGCGGAGCACCAUCAGAAGCGCUUGGAGCUCCUAAAUGAAUCGCUUACUACAGUAUCCGAAAAACAAAAGGCUUAUGUCGAUGAAAUAUUGGGUGACUUUAGCCAGAAGUUGCCGACUGCAACAAAUUUAUUGAAAUUCCCACCAAAAUAAGUUAUCGGUAUUAACUUGGCUUUA